AUUACAUAUAAUAAUUAUAACAAAAAUAUAGCUGUGAUGGGUUUUCUUGGGUGAGGAAAGAGGCUAACCCUAGCAAGUUCAUCUCAUUUAUAAAAGAAGAAGUUUUACCAAAGAAGUUUUUUGGAAAGAAAAAAAAAUGUAUGGGGAUUGCCAAGUGCUUUCAUCAUUGGCUGGAAAUGGCGUCGCCUCGCCGGACUCGUUCUUUCCGCCGCUGCAGAUCGGGCAGAACCCUAGUUUCGGGUUCAUGUCCGGCCUCAGCGGCCCGUUCUCCGUCUUCCAUCCCAUCAUCCCGAAAGAGGAAGGCGGGUUGGUAAUGAAGGGGAAAGAGGAAGUGGAGAGUGGGUCAGUGAGCGAGCAAAUAGAAGGGAUGUCCGGGAACGAGCAGGACGGCGACGAGCGGCUGCCGCCGCCGCCGGAGGGGGAGCAGCCGCCUAGUAAGAAGCAGCGGUACCACCGUCACACCGCCCAUCAAAUCCAAGAAAUGGAAGCGUUGUUCAAGGAGAAUCCACACCCAGAUGACAAGGCAAGGCAAAAGCUAAGCCAAGAACUGGGAUUGAAGCCAAGGCAGGUCAAGUUUUGGUUCCAAAACAGGCGCACGCAGAUGAAGGCGCAACAAGACCGGUCUGAUAAUGCGGUGCUGAGAGUUGAAAACGAAAGCUUGAAGAACGAUAACUAUCGGUUACAAGCGGCCUUACGCAACCUCGUUUGCACAAACUGCGGCGGCCCCGCCUGGCUCGCCGCCGCCGAGCUCAACUACGACGACCACCAUCUCCGCCUCGAAAACGCCCGUCUCAAAGAAGAGUAUGAUCGAAUGUGUUGUCUCCUCUCCCAAUACACCGGCCGUCAAGUCCAGCCAAUAAUGCCGCCGUCUCCCCAUCUCUUCCCGUCGACAUUGGAGUUGGACCCGAGCGGUCCUUUCCCGAGGAAGUACGAGGAGGUGGGUCCCGGCCCGUUCGCGGUCGAGGGCGGCCUCCAGUUCUCCGGCGGCUGCCCUUUGGUCCUGGACGACGAGAAGUCGCUGGCCAUGGAGCUGGCGGUGUCGUGCGUGGACGAGCUGGUGAGGAUGUGCCACGCCGGGAAACCGCUGUGGGCCCGCGGCGGGGACGGCGGCGGCGGGAGGGAAGUGCUGAACGGGGACGAGUACGCGCGGCUCUUUCCGUGGCCCCUCGGGUCUUGUCGGUCCCGGCCGAGCGGGGUCGGGUUCGAAGCCACGCGCGCCAGUGCGGUCGUUAUUAUGAACAGUAUCACCCUUGUCGACGCGUUCCUUGACGCGGGCAAGUGGAUGGAGUUGUUCCCUUCAAUUGUGGCUAGAGCCAAAACUAUACAAGUAGUUGUGCCUGGUGUUUCUGGCCAUGCCACUGGCUCACUUCAUUUGAUGUAUGGGGAGUUCCAAGCGUUGACGCCACUGUUGCCGACAAGGGAGAGCUAUUUCCUCCGAUACUGCGAGCACAACGCGGAGGAGGGGACGUGGGCCGUCGUCGACUUUCCUCCUGAUGGUCUCCACCUCAACUUCCCGCCUUCUUUCCCUUACUACAAGAGGAGGCCUUCUGGUUGCAUCAUUCAAGACAUGCCCAAUGGCUAUUCCAGGGUUACAUGGAUAGAACAUGCUGAGAUUGAAGGGGACACCGUGGCUACCAACCAAAUUUUCAGAGAUUUGGUGACUAGUGGUGAAGCAUUUGGAGCCCGGCGGUGGCUGGCGGUGUUGCAGCGGCAAUGCGAGAGGGUGGCUAGCCUCAUGGCCCGAAACUUAUCCGACCUCGGAGUGAUACCAUCUCCAGAAGCAAGGAAGAACAUGAUGAACUUGGCACAAAGGAUGAUCAAAACAUUCUGUGUUAACAUAAGCACUUCGUUCGGGCAAUCCUGGACGUCCAUCUCGGCGGAAUCCGCCGAGGACACGGUCCGAAUCACCACCCGGAAAGUCACGGAACCCGGCCAGCCCGUUGGCCUGGUUCUCAGUGCUGUCUCGACCACCUGGCUGCCCUAUCAUCACUCCCACGUCUUCGAUUUGCUCCGCGACGAACGCCAUAGAUCUCAGUUGGAUGCCCUUUCAAAUGGGAAUUCAUUGCACGAGGUGGCUCACAUUGCCAAUGGCUCUCACCCUGGAAACUCUAUCUCUCUCCUUCGCAUCAAUGUGGCUAGCAACUCUUCCCAGGGUGUAGAGCUGAUGCUGCAGGAGAGCUGCACGGAUGAUUCCGGAAGCCUAGUCGUCUACGCCACCAUGGACGUGGAAGCCGUCCAGCUGGCAAUGACCGAUGGCGACCCCUCCGCUGUCCCCCUUUUGCCCCUAGGCUUCGUCAUCACCCCAAUGCGGGCCUGCACCGGGACCGACGAAAGCAGCGACGGCUGCCUCCUCACCGUCGCACUCCAAGUCCUGGCCAGCUCCAUCCCGACCGCCAAGCUCAGCCUCUCGAGCGUCACCGCCAUCAACGACCACCUCCGCAGCACCGUGCAGCAGAUCAACGCCGCCCUCGGCGGUGCCUCGGAGCCGCCGGCCGCCGUGGGCCCGCCGCUGCCGGUCAAGUUGUCAAAGGAUGCCCCGACACCGGGGUCGUAAUAAUUGAUUGGUCAGAAGAGUUAAAUCUUUUGUUGGUACGUAGAAAGUAUAGGAGCAGGAGUUAAUAUAUUGCCUGUGUGCAUGUGCAUGGGGGCAGGGUUUGCAUGCAGGUAAAUAAAUGCAUGAGAAGAGACAAGUAGGGAGUAUUAGGUAUAUUUUAAAAAAGUGGUAGAAUAACAUUGAUGAUAAUUGUCUGUGAAUAUUUAAAGACGCAUGAUAUAAUUAUUUGUGAAUUAUAUACGUUCACAAAUAAUUAUAUUCUGCGUAUACAAGUUUACAGACAAUUAUCAUUCGUUGUGUAGUGGGGCCAUGGCGGGGCAAUAUUUUUCAGCAAUGAAUUAAUGAGAGCUGGGCUGGCAUGGCAGAAGGGUAAAUUAUGGUGAAGAUGAUGAUGAUGAUGGUGUAGGGAAGUCAAGAGCGCACCAGAUAAAAUCCCUAGAUAGGGUGGUGGUUCGGGAAUUGACUUCUUCUUCUUUUGUAAUGUUUGACCAUUUUGUUUUUUUUUGGUUUUUGUGUUUUGAAUCAACUAGACUCGUACCC